AUGGAUAACAUCAACACUGCACUUGCGACACCUCAAAACCCGUUACCAUGGUAUCUAGACACAACAAAGCUGAUCACUCAUUGUCGUUUUGGAGCGUGGGUCUGGUUACCUAUCUCUGCUGUUGUAUUUUGGUUUACAGGUCUUUUGAUACUUCUACUUAUCUGGGUGAACAAUGGUCAACCAAGAUAUACAAGUAAUUCAGCCGACAUAGUUUUCAUAUCUGAAGUAGGGGCUGCAAACGAGACUUUCUUCUUCAUCAUCUGUCUAAUCGUAAUAAUAUUGUACUUUUCCACCAUAGUCGUUACUGCGUGGCUGAGAGGUAAGGGUAGAUUACCUGGUACCAGACAAUUGACAGAGAAGAUCUGUUCGGGAUUAGCGAUCAUUUUCUGCUUCAUUGGUUGCUCAGGUCUCUUCAUUUUAUCUAAAUGGAACUGCUGGGACUAUAAAAAAGUUCACUGGUAUGGGACUUUGGUAUUCAUAAGUGGCAUAGCUAUCUCAGCAAUCUUUCAAACUAUAGAAGUGUGGUUCUUGAGCAAAGAACAUCCAGAUAGAAAACACCUAUUACGAAAUGGCAUACUCAAAUUACUCGUAGUGAUUACAUCAGUGGUAUUGGCAUCAACGUUUGGAGGAGUUUACAUGUAUUGUAAAGGCAAAGCAGUUCCUGUAGAUGGACAUACGUUUGAACAAUGCGAUAGAUCCACAUCAGCUGCCGCGGUUCUAGAAUGGACGAUAGCCUUUGGUCUGAACUUGUACUUCAUGACUCUUGUGGCUGAUUUAUGGCCGAGCGCAAAAAGCAGUCCCAGAUAUCUUGAAGCAGUAAGGAAAUAUGAAGCCGGAUUACUCAAAGAUCCUGAAAAUCCAGAGAAAAAAUCAGUUGGAGACAGCUCAGAAUCCAACAAAUACUAUCAAUGA